AGGAGGAACAGAAGCGAACUCGUCGCGAAGGUAGAACGCGCGUGUACCGUGCACUUGGUGUACCAAAAGAGAGAGAGAGAGAAAAAGAGAGAAAUACAGAUAUAGAAAGAAGGAGAAAGACAGAAGAAAACAACGAGCACGACUCUCGGAGCCUCGAACUCGAGAAGUCUUCGCGAGUCCGGCGAACCGACACACACCGCUCACCGAUUCCAAAGUCCGCCGGUAGGCUCAGUUGUCUCCGAACCCCCGAACCGUUCGGAUGUAGCUACUUUAUAAGAUUCAUUUACGUUUUUCCACGCUUUCGAAGCUCGUUGAUUUCGCCGUUGCUCGCUGCUACACAUACGCUCUCGUCUUCAAAACCGAUUUUACUCUUCGCGUGCUCGUUCUCCGCGGUCUCGUGCGGUCAUCGUGCGGUGAGGCUCGAUCUUGAAGAACCAAAAAGGAAAAGAUAUAGAGGAAAACGAGAAAGAAAAAUUCGAAUACAAACAACACGCCUUUCUCCACGGAAGGAAACAUACAAACGAGGGAGAAGUGUUGCCCCGUGGCCAAGGAGCAUUUAAAUCUAGAGAAUCGUUUCUUUUUCGUUUUCCGUAUUUUCGUUCGGUUCGGACACCUCUGAUCGCGCGCAGGCGAUUAGAGAAGCGAGGAAAGGAGUAAGAGCGCUGGAGCGGCGAAGAAAUCGGAAGAAACUCGAGAAGAAAAAGGAAAGAAAAUCUUGUCGAUUGGACGAACCGACGAUCCAACACCGUUAACACGUAGCAAACACGUAGAAUGGUAGCCUCACAACACGACGGUACCAGAAGUGUUGGUGGCGGUGGCGGUGGAGAUGGUGGAGGUGGCGGUGGCGAUGAAACCGUGUACACGGUGACCGUGAGUGGUGUCGGUUACAGGAACGAGGGUUACAAGGACGAUGGUAACGAUGGUAUACCUCCUGAGCCGCAGAAACCACCGCAAUUAUCGUCCACGGACGACGAUACCCAGUCCAGAAAGUUCAAGCUCUCCCGCGGCGAGAAAUGGCGGAUCUUAAAGAACAUUAGCACCGUAUCCGUAGCAUUUAUGGUGCAGUUCACCGCGUUUCAAGGCACAGCGAAUCUACAAUCGUCUAUCAAUGCCAGUGAUGGUUUAGGCACCGUGUCCCUAUCAGCGAUUUACGCGGCUUUGGUAUUAUCAUGCAUCUUCGUGCCAACCUUCGUUAUCAAAAGGCUCACCGUGAAAUGGACGUUAUGCGUAUCGAUGCUGUGCUACGCACCGUACAUCGCCUCCCAGUUCUAUCCAAAAUUUUAUACCUUGGUACCGGCUGGCGUGCUUCUUGGUUUGGGUGCCGCACCCAUGUGGGCUGCCAAAGCCACCUAUCUCACGCAGGUCGGUGGCGUCUACGCGAAACUCACCGAUCAGCCGGUUGACGCCAUCGUCGUCAGGUUUUUCGGGUUCUUCUUCCUUGCCUGGCAGACUGCUGAACUCUGGGGAAACCUCGUGUCGUCGCUUGUACUGACCGGAGAAGAGUUCGGCGGUGGCGGGAACCGUACCACGAAUUGGAACAAAAUCAAGUUCUGUGGAGCAGACUUCUGCGUCCUCGGGAACGGAGCCCACGAGACUCUGGAUCGUCCUCCAGAAUCUGAGAUCUACGAAAUUUCUGCGAUUUAUCUAACUUGUGUAAUCAUCGCCGUGAUCAUCGUCGCCCUGUUCGUCGAUCCUCUGUCGAGGUACGGCGAGAAACAAAGAAAAGUGGACAGUCAAGAGCUCAGUGGUAUACAAUUGCUCUCGGCAACUGCUUAUCAACUGAAGAAGCCUUAUCAGCAGCUCCUUAUACCAAUCACAAUAUGGAUCGGCAUGGAGCAGGCGUUCAUCGGUGCAGACUUUACACAAGCCUACAUUUCCUGCGCGUUGGGUGUGCACCGGGUUGGCUACGUUAUGAUCUGCUUCGGAGUGGUGAACGCUAUCUGCUCCUUGGUCUUCGGCUCUUUGAUGAAAUUCGUCGGAAGACAGCCACUUAUGGUGCUGGGCGCUAUCGUUCACGUUAGUCUUAUCGUCGUGCUACUCCACUGGAAACCUAACCCCGAUAACCCUUACGUUUUUUACACGGUUUCCGGGCUGUGGGGUGUUGGUGACGCUGUUUGGCAGACGCAAGUCAAUGGUCUAUACGGAACACUAUUCAGGCGUAACAAGGAAGCUGCGUUCUCCAACUAUAGACUAUGGGAGAGUGCCGGUUUCGUGAUAGCAUACGCAUACAGCACCCAUUUAUGCGCCCGUAUGAAGCUGUACGUGAUGUUAACAGUGCUUCUUAUCGGGACAAUUGGGUACAUCGUAGUGGAACUAUUGCACAGGCGUAAACAGAAAAGGCUGAAGGCGAUCGCGGAGGAUCCAAAAGCGGCCCAAGCAGAGGCGAACCAAGUGGAAGAGACGGACGACGAAAAGGACGAUAUAGACGACGAUAUCAUUAUCACUCACCUCUGAAGCAAUAUCACGAUGCGAACUCGCGCACCGACGAGGAAUCUCAUCAGUGUCUCAAGCUCUUCUCUUUUACUCUUCCUUAUUGCUUUUUCCUGUAAUAACGAACGCAGCUACCUUUUAUCAGUCAGCGAAGAUGCACGAUGAUACAUCCGUCAUAGAUAAGCGAAGCGAGCUAUCGAAAACUGACUGGAAGAGUGGUAUCACGAUUGUUGCUCGUUUAUAGGAAGCGUAAGGGAUAGUAGGCGUCGUUUUUGUUUUAUUUGUUUUGUUUAAAAGAACGUAGAACGGGAAUCGAUACGAUGAACGAUACGAAUAUAUAAAGAGGAAGAAUGUUCAUCGAUUACUCGUGUUACCGAUAUUAUACGAAUUUGCGAUGAAAUUGUAGAUCCAUCUCGGAGACGAAUUAUCAGUAAGAAAUAUCGCUGGAUUACGAUAAAACGGAGUGAAGGUUUUUACUCUUAUUAGAGCGCUCGAAAAUUUCUCUUUUUUUUUUUGUAAAUUGUUCGCGCGUUGAUUGUUGAUUUUAUAAAUUUCACUUUAGACGAGCUUCGUUCGUUCUUUGCUACGUAACGUAGCGCGUGUUGGCGUAACGCACGCCGACGUUUCUUUUCUUUUCUUGCAUCGAGGAACGAAAGAAAAGGAGAAAGGGAAACGCAAAUCGCGCACGCGACAAAGCUCGCGACUCUGUACUUGAAACGCGUUUCUGCUGGGAAACGAGCAGCCACGAGACACAGCGUGAAAGAAUAAAAGAAAGAAACCGACUCAUACAAAAUUAAUGAGGGAUAAGGAAAAUGCACGAAGGGUGUAUACCUAGACGACGAUCAGUCCCGCUUCGUGCACGUGUUGUUACACGUAUCGCUUGCAACGGUUCAACACACAGCGAUUCCAUUGUCGACCGUUAAAACGAAUUGCUUGCCUUGACGGUGCUAGAAGCGCGUUCCGAUGCCAUAUUCGUCCUUAUGCGUUUACAUAGUCUAUUCGAGAUCUUCACUUAAGCGUAAGUUUAAUUAUUCAAAAAACAGAAAAGAGAAAAAGAAAGAGAAGAAAAUGAUAAUAGGAACUAAAUUAAAAGUAUCAUUGAAGUAUCAGGCAUGAAUAAACUAUUAUAUAAAUCAGCAAAUUUGAUUUUUUCAAAUAGUACAAAGGGGAAAAGAUUAAGAAAAAUAAUAAAAUACGUUCAAAGAACGUAUACGAUAAGUAACAAAAUUACUUAGACAAUGAAAAUUAUACAAUGAGAAAUAUAUACAACUGAAAGUAAUUUAAAAUAUUAGAAAUAUAUUAUUUAUUAGACUCUGAGACAGGAAAAUCACAAAAGUAUUUCUAAGUACACUGUGUUACAAACUAUCUUAUUAUUAUUAGACAAUAAAGAAACUCUUAAUAUGCUUUUUAUUUAAAAGUACAUAUACGAGGUAAUAUUAAAAAAUUCUUUAUACUGUCUUAUCAUUCUACAAAUUUUUGUUAUAUUCUCGGUUGUAAAAAUAAUUUCGUCGCUCAUUGUACUCUUUAUAGAUGAACAAGCAAAAGAGACCAUUCGUUAAACGAAUUCGUGACGAGUUGACUAUUCGUAGAUCGUAUAUAUUCGUAAGAUGUAAGGCACCUCCUCAUUGCCACUAUGUGGAAGCGCUUCGUAGCAACUUGCCAUUAAGUUUUAUCGGAAUUUGUGUCCCAGUUUUGUGAUAAAAUGAUCGGAUCUUCUCAUGCCGAACGAUUCGAUCGUGAAUCCGCUUAUCUUGUAUAUAGAUUAUGGAUAGCAAUUGUAUAUGCGGUGAAAUGGAUAUUCCAUUUGAAUGCGUUGUUCUGGCUCAGUGAAGCCACGAUUUUUCAAGCUGUAAACUGGCCGACUUCGUGUCUUUGUUGUCUUUUUUUAUUCAUGACUACAGAUGCACUUAUUGUUAGAUCAAACAUCCACUGGAUCGAGCCUGUAAUUUAUAAUUUUAACUAUUCCGUGACUAAAAUAUUUGCUGAACUGUGACGAUAAGGGAUAAUUUAUUUUAUUAAUUUAAAUCAUGGGGACGAGGUUCUCUAUUCUGAAACAUAUUUUAUGGAAUUUGCAAACGAUAAAGGAAUUUUAAUCGGAUGAUAUUUUCGUUUUGUUCGUUUGAUCGAUGCAGGCUAAGUCUGUCGUGGAAAACAGGCCGGGAUUGUGCAUCUGCAUUCGAUCGAUGGAACCGAAACCGUCGAAGAGAAUCAACUCACGAAGAAACAUUUCCAAGGAACAUUUCACGUUCGCCAUCGCCAAGAGGAUGACGAGGAGGAAGAGCAUAGAUUGUAAAAUUCUGUCCGAUGCAUUUCUCUCGUGCGUGCACCACGAAAUGCUUCCAAUUGUCAGUAAUAAUCGAAAUCAUGAUAAGAAUCGUGAAAACGAUAUCGUGAUUGAGCAUGAUCUUAAUUACGUAUGUUAGAGAGAAUAACGAAAAAUUAUGACGUAUUAGUAGUAGACGUAAGGAACAUUAUAGUCGUUAAUUUAACGUUAAGUAUUCAGAAAAAUUUAUUUUAUAGAUCAUCUCUGUUUCUUUUCCUUUUCUUCUCUUUCGAUGUUCCGAAGAAAGAGAAAAAAAGGAAAAACAUGAAAGUAGGCAAAGGCGAAUAUUAUUAUACGUAUGUAUUCUUCUUUUCGCGAAAAUUCAUGAUCGAUUGUUUUCGUAACGAAGGACCAAGGCAAGAUGAUUAUAUUGUUAUCCAUAUAGAAUAGUCCCAAAAUAGAGGAAGGAAAAAAAGAAAUAUAAAAGGAUAGUUCGUUCUAUCCCGGAUAUAAUGUUGAAUCAGUAUUUUGUUAAUCGAAUCGAAUUGUAUUAUGCGUUAGUUAUUACGAUCGUUCGAUGAUCACGUAUGAUGAACAUACUGACCUACUGUGUAUUGUAAUAGCAUCCCUCUCGACAGUAUGUAUUCCGUCCACCAAUCGAUAAGAUUGCUCAAGAAUCUUUAACAUAAGAUUAGAGUACCAAUAAAAUCUAUGUCGCACUUACAUCUCUUUAUAUAUACUUACGUAAUAUGCAUAUAUAUUUUGCCAUUUCGAUGGGACCAAAAAUGUACUUAAUAAUUUCCAUGAAAGUAAAUAGUUUCCGUUUAACUUGUACUUCUGACUUUAGGGGAAGAAGCAUAUUAUGGAUAAACGUUGGUCGAGGAAAAUUUGACGAAUCGUUUGACUGAAAUCGUACGGCUGAAAUUUCUAUCGUUAACUUUCACUUUUCUCCAUAGAUCAAUAGAUAGUAGGGAAACAGACUAGAGAGACGUAUUUCUUAAUGUCGUACAACAUUUGUACAAAAAGAGGAUGAAUCUUUUGCGGAAAGUAUUAAAACAAUACUCUAUACAGUUGUAUAAAGGAAACGUGCACGUGCAUCGUGUUGUUUUCCUCCCUUUCGAUAAAUCGAAAGCAAUAUUUCAUUACAAAAUUUGUAACAGAC